AUGGUGGAGACUCUGAGUAUCGCGGUCAUAGGCGCUCCCGGAGUGGGCAAAACUUCUAUCAUCCGCCAGUUCAUCUAUAACGAUUUCUCGGAGGUGUACACGCCGACCAGGAGCAGAUACGUGUACAGACCCUCCGUCAUCCUCAACGGGAACAUGUAUGAGCUGAAGGUUCUGGACGUCCCGCCAAUCUCCUCUUUUCCAUCCAGCUCCAGCCAGGAGUGGCUGGACCGGCGCUGCAGAGGCGUCCGCAACGCCAACGCCUACAUCCUGGUGUAUGACAUCUGCUGCGUGGAGAGCUUCGAAUACGUCAAGAUGAUCCGACAGCAGAUAGUGGAGCACAGGGAAGGCAGCAGCAGUGAGGUGCCAAUCCUGGUGGUGGGCAACAAGAGAGAUCUGCAGCGGCAGCGCUUCAUGCCUCGCAGGGCAGUUUCCGUCCUGGUGAAGAAAACCUGGAAGUGCGGUUAUGUCGAGUGCUCUGCCAAGUUCAACUGGCACGUCGUGCUGCUCUUCAAAGAGCUGCUGGGCAUCGCAGUGGCACGGGGCACGCGCCACAACCACACCUCUAUCCGGCUGCAGGGGGCACUACAGAGGAAUCGCUGCACCAUCAUGUGA